GACGGCCACAGACAAAGACAUCGGCGAGAACGGGCGCAUCACGUACAGCUUCAGUCCCGCCAGCGAGUCUGCUUUCCGCGGCGUGUUCGCCAUCAAUGCAACCUCUGGCGUCAUCACGCUAGAGGGCGACCUGGACACCGUCCGACGCCUCGCCUCCCCCUUCUCCAUGUUCGUCGACGCCUCCGACGGCGGAGAUUCGCCGCGCAGCUCGCAGACGCUAGUGGCUGUCACAGUGCUGGACUCCGGGAACAACGCGCCAUACGUGCGUGUAAAUACCGUCACCGCCGGCGACGCUUCCACGCUGACCAUCCCCGAGUCGGCCGGGCUCAACUAUUUCGUGGCGUUUGUAGACGUCGUGGAUUAUGAUGACGGGGAGAGUGGGAAAGUUCUGUGUCAGCUAAUGUCUGGGGAGGACUUCAAACUCAAACCCGUGCCCGACAAGGGGUACACUCUACUGCUGAACCGGCUUGUCAACCGAGAGGCAAAGGAUUCCUAUCGAGUUUCCAUCAGCUGUAAGGACGGAGGAAACCCGCCUCUGGAAACGGCGGUUUCGCUAACGGUCAAUAUUUCUGAUGUUAACGACAACGACCCGGCCUUCCACCAAUCGCUUUACGCCGCCAGCGUCUCAGAAAACCGACCCCCUGGUCAUUUUGUCGCCAAGGUCAAGGCCGAUGACGAGGACACGGGGAUAAACGCGGAGAUAAGUUACUCUCUGGCGAAAGAUGCGGCGCCGUACAUGCGGAUACAGGCUAGGACAGGCAUCAUUACAACCACAGCCGUGUUGGAUAGAGAGAAGAACGAGACGCUGAGGUUCAAAAUUUACGCUUCUGACGGUGGAAAGGGUCCGCGAACUGGUAUGGCAGAGAUUGUGAUCACUAUCAAAGACGUUAAUGACAACAACCCGAGCUUUAACCAAACUAAAUUCUCCUUCUUCGUCUCUGAGAGCACACCUAACAGCACCCAUGUCGGGACUCUGACCGCAUUCGACCUUGACACAGGACGCAACGGAGAGUUUGACUUUUAUUUCGGCGGCUCCACCAACGGCGACAUGCCUUUACCCUUUAUCGUGCUGGAGAACGGUUCGAUUCUCGUGUCAGGCCUUCUGGACCGUGAAACGAAGGCAGACUACUCGUUCUCCGCCCUGGUCAGAGACAGGGGGGACAACCCCAGGUCUGGAGCUGUCCCCGUGGAGUUGAAGAUUCUGGACGAAAACGAUAACGACCCCGUGAUUCUUUUCCCAACCUCCCAGAACCACACAGUGGUCAUCUCGACUUACCCCGAGAACGGGAUGGUUCUGGGCCGAAUCAUCGCUUACGACGUAGACGAAGGUGACGCGGCCUUGCUUCAAUACAGUAUCUAUGAGGGAAACGAAGCGGGGGCGUUUUCUAUUGGUCACUCGAGCGGGGAGCUAACCCUGAUCAACAUGGCCAGGCUGAACAAUCCGGAGAACUACUUCCUGUCGGUCAAAGUGGCGGAUUCGUCGCUCCCGCAGAGAAACGCCACAACGCAACUCCGGAUUGAGGUCAACUUCGCCAACGUCACGGCCUUACCUCAAGACAAACCACGUGAUCAAUACGUCAUCAUCGUCGGCGUUAUCGGUGGGGCGACAGUUGUCCUUUCUAUUAUCAUCAUCUCCGCAAUCGUUAUCAUACUGCGGUCGGAGAAAGGGAAGAGAGGUGGAAGCCCUGGUGUGGUUAUCGGUAACGGAGGUAGUGGGUCACUCCUGAAAGACAAUAAGUUCUUAAACACGUCCUCCUCGUCUCCAGACACGAGUAAGACGUCAGGGAGUCUGGACAACAGCAAGUCUCAAAGUGACCCCUCGCUGACCGGUGAUCACAGCGGCAUGCCUCUCAACCCGGGAGACUCGAGUGGCAGUUAUGGUGGUGGGGGUGCUGGGAUGGUUUUGAACCCCAACGGCCUGUGCAAGAAGGCAGCAGCAGCGGAGGAGGGAGGUGGCAAGAAAGUUAGCUUCAGCCUUGACCUUCAGCAGGACGAGUACCCCGGUGGAGGAGGUCAAGGUCACGGCCCGAACCACCAACAGAUGCGACUUCAGCUCCCGCCUCCUCUUGAGCCAAGUGGUGGGCAGUGGAAGAAAUAUAACAUUAACGGGCCUGACGACAUCAACAGUGACACGUCCGGCGAGUCUGGCACGUGCGACAGUGGGAGGGGCACCAGCGACGAAGACAUCAAGUUUGACCACUCGCCUCACAGAGGUCCCAGUCGCGGGCCGCCCCCUGACCCGUUCUUGGCGCCAUACGAGCAGAUGUUCCCGCCAGGCAACGCAACCAACAUCCGGGCACUGCAGGCCAUGCAUCACGCCACGCCCCGAACCCAGUCCCCAGCCCUGCCCCUCAAACCCGGACAGCCGAGAUUCCUGGAGAUGGGAGGAGCUAAGAGCGGAGGCGGUGGCUUCGAGGGUGGGCGUAGCAGCUACCACGGAAACCGACACACAUCCUCUGGUAAUACGCCAUCACCCGCGUUUGGCUCCUCCUCCUCUUCUUUCCGACUCCCUAAUCAGCACAGAAUAGCGCCGGCAUCGUCACACGCCAAUCAUCACCCUGACGUGUUGAGACCGCCCUCCUCCCUGUCCUAUACACAGCAAGGCUCCGCCCUCUCCAUGGACGAUGACGCGAGUACCACCACGUCCGGGAGUUACGUCAUCAACCCUGAAGAUAUGAAGCUGGACGGCCAUUACGGGAAAGACGUCAUUGUGUGACCUUACCAUACGUAAUUCUAAAUGACCUUGAACUUUAAACUUGAGCUUCUUCAUGCAAAAGACGCACCAACUUAUCAGAUGAUGGUCAUUUGUGUCUGCUUCAUAUGGCCACGAACCUACUGAAGAUGGACGUCUGUAUUGUAACCAUUCGGCUCUUCGCUGUUGCAAGCAGAAGACCUGACUUCGAAGGGGGGG